CUUUGCGUCUACAGCGCUUGAGCUUCAAAGAGACGAAAAAUUCCUCCUGUGUCCAACAUAUGAUAUUAGAAGGGGAGGAUUCGCAAAUAGCAAUCUCAAUACAAAAGUCACGUCAAGAUCUGACAGUCGCUCAAUUCACGGGAACUGAAUAUCAUCAGCCUUUGAAUCUAGAAGGAGAAAUGUUGGUCUGUUCUGUCAGCUUCAAAAAGUUUUAAACAUCAGUGUGACUGGAAAAGCAUCAAGACACAUACACCUAAGUGUAAAAUUUCCAAUGUACAACUGUGGAAUAACCUGAAGAAACACAAGGACACCUGCACCAUGGAGAAACCGUGGAAAUGUGGGGAUUGUGGGAAAGGAUUCCGUUCCCCGUCUGUGCUGGAAAUUCAUCGACGCAGUCACACUGGGGAGAGGCCGUUCACCUGCUCCGAGUGUGGGAAGGGUUUCACACGAUUAUCCAUACUGCUGACACACCAACGAGUUCACACUGGGGAGAGGCCAUUCACCUGUGCUGAGUGCGGGAAGGGAUUCACUCAGUCAUCCCACCUGCUGAUACACCAGCGAGUUCACACCGGGGAGAGGCCGUUCACCUGCUCCUUGUGUGAGAAGGGUUUCAGUGAUUCAUCUACCCUGCAGACACACCAGCGAGUUCACACUGGGGAGAGACCAUUCACUUGCUCCAUGUGUGGGAAAGGAUUUGCUCAGUCAUCCAACCUGUAUUCACAUCAGCGAGUUCACACUGCGGAGAGGCCAUUCACCUGCUCUGUGUGUGGGAAGAGGUUCCCUCACUCAUCCAACCUGCUGAGACACCAGCAGGUUCACAGUGGGGAGGGGGCUUUCACCUGCUCUCAGUGUGGGAAGGGAUUCAGUGAUUCAUCCAACCUAUUUUCACACCAGCGGGUUCACACUGGGGAGAGGCCGUUCAUGUGCUUUGUGUGUGGGAAGGGAUUUACUCAGUCAUCCAGCCUGCAGACACACCAGCGAAUUCACACUGGGGAGAGACCGUUCACCUGCUCUGUAUGCGGGAGGGGAUUCAGUGAUUCAUCCAACCUGUUUUCACACCAGCGAGUUCACACUGGGGAGAGGCCAUUCCCCUGCUCUCAGUGCGGGAAGGGAUUCACUCGGUUAUCCAACCUGGUGACACACCAGAGAGUUCACAGUGGGGAGAAGCCAUUCAUCUGCUCCGAGUGUGGGAAGGGAUUCACACAGUCACAACACCUGCUGAGACACCAGCGAGCUCACCAGUGCUUACAGAGGUUGGAUUCUACUGCUAUUGCUGCUGUUAAUCAUGUCCAGGACUGAACCAUGUUCAUUAUGAAAGUUGGGAGGGUCAGAGGGUUUUUUUAUACUGGACUGGUCAGUCUCAUCACUUUGCUUCCAGUGGACUGAUGCUCUUUGAAUGUGGAAGAGCACAUUUCCACUGAAAUGAUCCAUAAAAGCUGAUGAAGUACGUUUAUUUAUCCUGGAUAGUAAAUAGUGUUGUUCCUACCACUACAGGUAGAUCUAAAAUAAAUACGUUUGUUUUUUCCCAUUGAGUCUAUAGCACAGGGCUAGACCAGUCGGCUCCAUUGGUCUCUGUCAGUAUUUGUGUUCCACAUGAGCCUCCACCCCUCUUCAUCUCCCCCAUCAGCAUAUCAUUCUAUUCCUUUCUCCCUCUUGUUUGUAUCUAGCUUCCCCUUAAAUGUAUUCAUGCUAUUCACCUCAACCACUCACUGUGAUAGUGAGUUCCACAUUCUCACCACUCACUGGAUAAAGAGGUUUCUCAUGAAAUCCCUAUUGGAUUAUUGAACUUCUUCAUAAUCUUAAAGACUCCCAUCAGGUUACCCUUCAGUCUUAUCUAGAGAAAAGCAGCCUCAGACUUUCCCGAGGGUUGAAAUGCUCUCAGUUCUGGUAUUAUUCUUGUGACUAUUUGUUGCCCCUUCUCCAGUGCCUCUAUUUCCCUUUUCUAAAUGGACAUCAAAAAUGUUAACAGUCCUCCCAGUAAUCAUGGUUCGAAACAAGUUGAACAUAACUUUUCAAUUCUGUCCCUCUAGAAAAGAACCCUACAUCUGAGCCCUGCACUUUAGACAAGAUGUGAUAUGAUGUGAGAGGACGCAGAGGAGAAUCGUGAGAAUGCACCAGAGAUUAAGGUCUUCAGUUAGUUGGAGAGAUGGGAGUAGCUGAAAUUUCUGUCUUAAGAUCAUAGAGUCAUUAGGGCAGAGAAGGAGGCCAUGCAGCCCAUUGAGUUCAUGUCGACUCUCGGCAGAGCAAACUAGUCAGUCCCAUUGCCCUGUUCUAUUCUUGUUAUCCUGAAUGUUUAUUUCCCUCAAGUGUCCAUCCAAUUUCCUUUUGAAAUUAUUCAUUGUCUCCUUUUCCAUUGCCCUUAUAAGCAGUGAGUUCCAAGUCAUUCCCAUUCACUGUGUAAAAUAUUCUUCCUCACAUCCCCCUGCAUUCAUGUCCCCCAAUCCUUGUAUCAUCAGUUAAUGGGAACAGCUUUUCUUUGUCCACCUUAAGUAAACUUGUCAUAAUCUUGUACACCUCUAUCAAAUCUCCCCUGAACCUCCUUUACACCAAGGAGAACAAUCCCAGUUUGUCAUCUAAAAUAAAGAACAAACAGAAUGUUAAUGCCUGGAAUCAAAUGGGAAAUUAAAGGUAUUAUGAAAGUAUUGUACCGGACAGUAAAGGAAUUGGAAUUACUCACCUUGGGUGUAGUUCAAUGCAAUAUAUCAAUCCGGUAUCCACGUACAUUCUAGUGAAAGUCAAGGAAGUGUCGAUGAGAUGAACAAGUUGAUAGCUUUAUCUUGGAAAUAUUUGUAUCCUUUGCUUAUGUUCUUUUUUAGAAGAAAACCACAUUUGAUAGUCUGGCUAAUCCCUAAACUAUCAGCACCAUAUCAGGGGAGAUAAGCAAAGAUCUCGAGAUUAACACCCACUUUCAUCUUUUAAUAAGAACACCUGAAAGUUCAGAAUAUGCGGCAUGAUAUUGGAAUACCGAUUUGUGUGUACAGAUGUAAUUUGUUACAUGUGAAGCAAUUAACGUAAAUUCAUGGUGAAAGGCACUGAAGAAUGGGUUCCAAACAUGGAGAGCUACUUGACAAACACCAUGACAUGAAAUGGUUAAUGUGGCCGGGGAAAUGAGACAACAUUUUGACAUCAUUAAGGCACUGACUCAUAUUCCAUGGAGAAACUGACUUUAAAACAAUCAGGAUAGAAUUAAACACACUGGUCACACUCAAAAGAUUAAUUAAAUUAAUGUUAAAGGGAUAAAAAUUUUAGAUUGGGAAAAUCAAGGGUUUGGGAGAAAUAAUACUCAGUAAGAACUGUUCACAAGUUGGAUAGGGGUAAAGCGAGAGCUGGAGAAUCUUUGACAUCCAUGCUUAAUAAGUUGCUUCUUGAUGCUUUUUGAUAUUCCUUAUGUACUAGUACCAUAGAUCUCAUGGAGCUCCUUCAUGAGAAGAAAAGAUCGAGUAGAUGUUACUCCAGAUGGGGCCAGAACAGAACUGGAAAAUAACAGAGUGAAAUUGAAUGAGCGAGUCAGAGAGAGAGUACUGCUCCCCCUCAAGGUGUGGACUGUAAGAAUCCUGGGGGAUCCCCGCUUGGGGUUUUCUUACUAAUUAGCGAAUAAUAAAUUAAAUUAUAUAACUGGCUGUGCAUUUACUUUUGAUUUUAUUCUUACGCUUCU